CCACACCGACAUUGCGGUGAUUAUGCAGGAGCAUCACAGAGAUGGCGUUCAACACAACUGAGUGCAAGCCAUGAAGGGCUCGAAGUUUGAUCACCAGGGCUGUGACUGGAAUCUGCAAUAAUAGACGGGUCCGUAGAUCAUAGUCGGAUCUUUUACGGCCUGGAAGAUCGACCGGGUAGAUGCUGUAGUGCGCGUCAGAUCGAUCUUACUCGCUACCAGAAUCUAGCAGGAAACGGCAUACCAACAGCACCGGCGAACGACAAUUCGGAAACUCAGCAACUGCAGAUACCUUCGACACGCAUAUGCAACAAGCAUUAAACAUUCAUCCUGGUAUCAACACAAAAUGUCAGACCUAGGCUUCACACCCGCGGAGAUACGCUUUGCCACCGCAACUCUCGCAGCAAUCGCUGCUCUUGCGCCCAUCGCAUACCUUCUCUAUUCAUCGCAGUCACAAGAAUCAAGCGCACACAUCCAGACGUUCAACAAGUUCAUAGAGAGCUACUCGACCCUUCGCCCUCAAGCCCUGACAACGUACGCCACCCGAGACUUUAGCCAUACCUCCCUUCCUGCAGACCUGCACCUACCCACUCGCUCGAUUCAGCCGUUCCGUGAACAUGCCGAAACGGUUUUCGAGAUCUUUAGCGACUUUCAGGUAGUUCCUGAAGAUGAUGGUCAGGGAGGCAGAGCGGUGCACUUUUCAAAAGAUACAAAUACGGUAGUCGCGCACUGCAAGAUGGGAGGCAAGGUAAACGGUGACGGUGGAUUAGGGACGCAAUUGUUGGAAAGUGGGAUCACAGAGUGGUGGACUGAGGGAGUCUUGUUCGUGAAGCUGAGCAAAGAUGGCAAACGGGUUGAGAGCGUGAGGGAGUUUAUGCACAGCAAAAAGGCGGAGGAGUUGCAGAUUCGUUUGGAUGGGAUCUUGAGCGAGUGAUACCGCUGGGUUCCUCGACUGUAAGACAACUUUCACCAAGCUCUCGGAGAUACAAGCUCUCGUUUCUAUAUAUGAGCUGUACACGUAUACAUAGCGAGCGAUUUCAGAUGUUCAUUAGAUGCG